AUGACUUCGGUGACUGGCUCGUUGGUGGCCGCUGCAGCGGUGGCUUCACCUACCUCUACGCACCGGGCGUCGCCGCAGGGAGGCAUCUUCGACAAGGCGAAUCCGACUCACUAUGACUCCAAGAACCCGCUGGUUAUCUUCAUCAUUCAGGCUGGCCUGAUCAUCAUCUUCUGUCGACUGAUACAUAUCCCUCUCUCGCGGAUGCGCCAGCCACGAGUUAUCUCAGAAGUCCUAGGCGGCAUCCUGCUCGGCCCUUCAGUCAUGGGCCGCAUACCCGGGUUCCGCGAGACCAUCUUCCCCGAUGCCUCUAUCCCCAAUCUCAACCUGGUGGCGAAUCUAGGACUGGUGCUGUACCUGUUCAUGAUUGGCGUUGAGACGGAUCUCAGAUCGCUGAUAAGCAACUGGAGAGUGGCCGCCAGCGUCUCUGCGGCGGGAAUGUUGCUGCCGUUUGGCCUGGGUUGUGCAAUCGCAUACGGUUUGUACCAUGCGUUUCGGCAGGAGCCUGGCCUGGCGCCCAUCGGGUUUGGAACUUAUUUGCUAUUCAUCGGCAUUGCCAUGGCGAUUACGGCAUUCCCGGUGCUAUGCCGUAUACUGACUGAGCUGGAUCUUCUCAGCACCAGAGUCGGAGUCAUCGUGCUCUCUGCUGGCGUGGGCAACGAUGUAGUUGGCUGGAUCCUGCUGGCACUCUGUGUAGCCCUGGUCAACGCCAGCACGGGCCUGACAGCCCUAUGGGUGUUACUGACCUGCGUCGGUUUCACCUUGGUGCUUGUGUUUGCCGUCCGCCCCGUGUUUCUCUGGUACCUGAGACGCACCGGCAGUCUGCAUGACGGCCCCAACCAGUCGGUUGUUACUCUCACGCUGCUGUUAGUCCUUUCAGCCGCAUUUUUUACCCAGAUCAUCGGUGUCCAUGCCAUCUUUGGCGGUUUCAUGAUUGGUCUGAUAUGUCCUCAUGAUGGAGGGUUUGCUAUCAAGCUGACGGAGAAGAUUGAGGAUGUGAUUGGUGCUCUUUUCCUGCCGUUGUAUUUUGCUCUUUCGGGUUUGAAUACCAAUAUUGGACUGUUGGAUUCUGGAACAGUAUGGGGGUAUGUGUUUGGCGUUAUCUUCAUUGCUCUUAUUGCAAAAGUGACGGGUGGUAUGGUUGCGUCGAGAUUGAACGGACUGCUGUGGAGGGAGAGCUUGACCAUUGGUGUGCUUAUGAGUUGUAAGGGUCUGGUCGAGCUCAUCGUCCUGAACAUUGGACUCCAGGCCAAGAUCCUGAGCCCGAGGACGUUCACCAUCUUCGUAGUGAUGGCGCUGGUGACAACCUUUGUGACGACUCCAGUAGUGUCCUACCUGUACCCUCCCUCGUACCAGAUCAAGGUCGAGCGCUGGCGCCGCGGCGAGAUCGAUUGGGAAGGAAACGUUCUUGACUCCGAGCAUGACCCGUACAGCGGCGCAGACAGCAUUAGCCGACAAAAGUCACAGGGCGCGUCUGUCCGCAAGCUGAUGAUAUACCUAAGGCUAGACAGCCUGCCAAGUCUCUUCACCUUCGUAUCGUUGCUUGGAGCUGGAGACGGACGGGACCCAGUCGCCUCUCGAACCCAUCAUGCCCAUACCAAUACUAAUAAUAACGAUGGCGAGGAGGCAGAAGAAGAAGAAGAAGGAAGACGACCCGAGAGUGCGAGAAGAGCCAGCAGCAGGCCGAUCGAGGUUCAUGCAGUGCGCCUGGUCGAGCUGACUGAUCGAGACUCCAGUGUGAUGAAGGUGUCUGAGGUGCAGGACUCCAACUACAGCUUCAGUGACCCGAUCCUCAACGCCUUCCGCACCUUUGGCCAGCUGUACAAAGUGGCAGUUUCCGGGGGCGUGGUGAUAGCGCCCGAGCACGCCUAUGCGGAGACGCUGGUCAACAAGGCUCGCGACUGUGCCUCCGACCUGGUGCUGGUACCGUGGAGUGAGACGGGAGGCAUGAGCGAGAGACAGAUCCCGCUGCUUGACGACAAGAGCGAGAAGUUCUCUACCGGCCCCCACAGCUCGUUCAUCUUCAACAUCCUGAAGAACUCGAGGAGUAAUGUUGGUAUCUUUAUCAACAAGGGGUUCGGGGGUGCCGGACUAGCACGGCCCAAGCCAGGCGAGAUAUCACGAACGUUCAGCGGACACAACACGUAUCGAACGAAUGAUCUUGCCAUGAGUCCAUCUCCCGACAGCGGCCAUCACAUCUUCAUGCCUUAUUUUGGCGGUCCAGACGACCAGUUUGCGUUGCGGCUUGUUCUUCAACUGGCUAACAACUCAUCCAUCACUGCGACUAUUGCAUAUAUGAAUGUCAUCAACGAUGCGCCGACGCCGCAGCAACAACAGGAGAAGGACGCCGACGAGACUUUCUACCGGUCGAUCCGCGACUCUGUGCCCCCCGAGCUUCGUCCUCGCGUCGUGUUCCAGACGGUCGAUUGUGCAUCGUCGUCGUGCAACGCACUGCUGGCCACCACCCGUGAAACAGCCGCCCAGGACCUGGCCCGGAGCACCAGCAGCAGCAACGGCAACCUAGUCGUCGUCGGCCGCAACAGCUUGGCCAUGACCACGAAUAGUGCAUCAGCACCGGCCGCAGCAGCAGCAGCAGCAGCAACAGGUUCUCCCUCUGUGGCACCCCGGCCGUCUUCCUCCUCCGCUGCCUCUGCUUCGGCCUCCCCCGAGUUUGGCCAUGAGGCAAAGAAGGCGAUUGGCGUCCUGGGCGAGGCGAUGGCAGGGAAGGCCUACGGCAUCGACGCCAGCGUCCUCAUCGUCCAGGCCAGUCACUAA